AUGGAUAAUUAAUAUGAUAGGUAGAGCACUUAAUAGUAGGAUGGUCAGUUCUAAAUUUACAGUUAAUAAUCACUAGGGGAUUUUCAUAUUUAUGAGGAAAAUAAUAAUGAAAAUUUUUAAGGCUUUGGUAAGAGUUAGCAAAAUCUAAGUUCUACUGAUCAGGACUGUACAUUAUUCUAAGAUACUUCCCCAAAUGGUUUUAAAAAUGACAAAAAAAGCUCAUAAAAUUCUCUCAACAAAAAAAGAGCUUAUAUAGAUUAUGAAAAUGAAGAAAGAUAAUAAAAUUCUAGUGGUACUUCAACUUAAAAAAACAUUCACUAUACAAAUUAAAAAGGCUUAGCAAUUUCGUAAAUAAAUAGCACCAAAUUCUCUCAAAACUUUUUGGAAAGGACUUAAAGGUUUUUAAGAGCAAAUAAAAAGUUCUAUUUGUAUAUGGAUCUUGUAGUUGAUCUAGAUUUUUUUCAGAAUUACAGUGACAAGUAGAAUUAUUUGAAUGAGAAUAAGCAUAACUAACUAGAGAAGGGAUUAAGAUAUAUCAACUGUGUUAUUCACAGAAUGGAUAAUAAAUUUAUUGAAGUAGAUUUGACAUUCUUUCCGAGUAAUGUAAAUAACAUAGAAUAUCUUUUAAAAAUAUUGUACUCAUACGGCAACAAAGAUCUGCUAGAAACAAUUUAAAAGUUAUAAACUAUCUGGGAUAAUAUAUAGCUAACUAAAAGGCUGAUUUUAGAUUAAUAUCAAGAUACCUUAUUUUAAUAACAUUAUGAAGGUAGAAAAGCAGCUAGUAAUCUUAAAUUUAAAUCAUUGACUGAAGGGCUGGAUCAAACAAGUUUAAUAUUUUAUAUUCGCCUUUCAGUUAAUUAUGAAAAAUAACUUUAUGAAAGUGAUAGAGUAGGCUAUUCCCCUGAGCUUUACGAUAUUAUAGCAGAGAAUUCUUAUGUGUUUAAAGAGUAUUUAAAAGCUUAUGGAUAUUUCGAUCCACGCAAUACAUAUUUUAAAUUAGAAUAGUGCAUUAAUACAACUCUUCAUUUCUUAACUACUUCUACAAAAGCACUAUUCUCUAAAUAGGGGUACUCUUCGUAAAAAAUAGAGAUAAAAACUAUUGACUAAUUUACAUUUCCAGUUGAAGCUAGAGCAAGGUUUUUUAAUCUAGAUCAAGACUAUGAUAGUAAACACAAUUUAAAUUUUAAAUAUAAUGACAUGUUGGUAACUUAUGAAUAUAUAUUCGAAGACCCAAAUAUUAAGUCAAGAUUCAAAAUGUAUAGAUAAUUAUAGCAUUCAGUUCAAUCUAAAGCAAUUACAUUAUAGAAUGAUGAAGAAAUAGAUGACAGACCUGAAUACAAAGAAUUAGAGCUUUUUAAGAGAUAUUAUUAAGAUGAUGCUGAUAAAUUAAUAGAAGUUGGUAAUAAAUGGUUUAAAAAAUGUGGUGUAAUUAAUUUACCACAAAAAAAAUCUAAAAAAGAUGAAAAUUGA